UAAAAGUACAAUAUAAAUUUUAACAUAUACCUCCACUAUUACUCAGUCUAGACUGUAGCGUCCGUGUCCGAAAGUCCCAGAAUACCGUGCGUUGCUGACAUCACGUUCCCAUUCUCUAUACAUCCGUCAACAGUCGUGAGUGGGGCUGGUAAAGUGGGAUGAGCGGUGGAUUUGUAUCAUUAUAGAGUGGUUGUGUACACAACAUGCAUUUGUGUUCAAACAACAUCAGUGUAGCCUACCACAUGACCAGCUCUACUGUUCUCAUCAUCAGAAUGAAACUUAUGCUGCUGUUAUGGGUUUUCAAAUACAGUGAAACCAUCCCUAUACAUGUGAUGGGAAAAAAGGGAGCCAGCGUCACCUUUCCCUGUGAAUUAGAGGACAGAGGGAUUUUCCAUAUUUCUUUAAACAGACUGUCAAAAAACAUCCUUGUUUAUCAAAAUGAAUACUGCCGGAAACAAGUAUGCAAAAAAGGAGCAUGUGACGUCGUCAUGAAGGAUCUGAGACUGAGAGAUGCUGGGAAAUACAGUUUAAAUGUCUAUUACAUGAAUGCUAUGUCAGUUCUGGAGCCACAAAUCAGGACGUACAAACUUCAUAUUCAUGAUGAUUUUUUUGUGAAAACAGGCAAAAAGCUGAAGUUGGAUGUUCUGUUGCCAGAUGCUCGUCAGGUUUUGCAUCAGAACAAAACCACCGCAGAAUGGAAGGAGGUGUGGAAGAGAGACAGGAAGAAAAGAGUUCGUGUAACACACGAUCGAAUGAACGACAGGGAUGGGACCUUGACUAUUACAGAGUUUAUGGCUGAUGAUGCAGGAACAUACAGAGUUAUGGAUUUUGAGGGAGAAAUCUUAAUCACGGUGACCGUCGCAGAUGAGAAAAAAUCAAAAUCAACAGAAAAAAAACUGAACUGCACAGAUGAUGGCAAAAAACAUAAUCACCGGGACUUGUCCGAGCCAGCGGGACAGUUUGUGUCGGCUGUGUUUGCUGCUCUGCCGGUUCUGAUUCUAAUUGCCGCUGUCGUCAAAAAGCUGCAGUGAUUCCUGCGAUGACUAUGACUGGACAGAGCCUUCUGAAAAACCUUGUCUAUGCACAGGACUCAGCACAGAUGAAUCUUUCAAAAUGUAGACUUUUGUUUAAAUUAUUUAGUUGAUUGUCCAUUUCAUGCAGCACAGUUUGGUCGCUGCCUUCUUGUUGGUUUUACAGACUUAGAAACUGCUUUAGAUGAUUCAACACAGGCAGUGAACCAACUCUAGUAUGGCUAAAAGUAGCCUAAUGAUAGUGUAAUUUAUUAACUACACACAUCAUAAACAUCUUCUUACCAGAUAUGCAGGUCAUGUCAUAAAAUAUAUUUAAAUACAACUGAAUGUCUCAUAUCAUUUUAAUAAAGACAUUGUAAGUUACUAAUUAUUUCAUUAUUGUGUUUAAUUUCCAUCGUUAUUCAUAUUCAUAUUUACGGUUCAAAGCUAGCGAACACA